AAGGAAGAAGAGAAGGCAGCGAGCCAGAUCUCGCGGCUGCGACAGCCACCGUCGCCAGAUCAGACCCGAAAGCCGGAGCUCGAGCAAUCAAUCCAUCGGAGGAGCAGCAGCAGCAGCAGAUCCCGAGUGCAGAAGAGGAGAAGCAGCCAAGGCGAAGGGAGACGCCGGCGACGAAGAUGCUGCCAACGACGGCGUCCAAGGGGCGCGGGGCCUCCCGCUCCGCCCAGCCGCUCUUCGGCCCCUACCUCCGCCGCAUAGUCAAGUGGCAACAAAUGGAUAUCGAAUACACAUUUUGGCAAAUGGUCUAUCUCUGUACUUCACCAAAAGUAGUAUAUCAGCACACCAAGUAUCACAAGCAAACAAAGAACCAGUGGGCUCGGGAUGAUCCUGCAUUUGUUGUCAUUCUAAUUCUUUUCCUGGUGUUUGCAACUUCAGCUUACUGUGCAGCGUUCGGAGAGAGUGCCUCACAUGCUGCUCUAACAAUCAUUUCGGUUGUGCUUAUCCAUUUCUUGUUUGCUGGGAUAGUUUUGGCCACACUUUGCUGGUUUCUUACAAAUUCUUACUUGAGAGAGGAACCUAACAGCCAUGUCGUUGAACAACGUGUCGAGUGGCUAUAUGCAUUUGAUGUUCACUGUAACUCAUUCUUUCCUGCAUUUGUCAUCCUAUACGUGGUUCAAUAUUUUCUAUCGCCUCUAUUGGUCGCACAUGGCUUCUUUCCAGCUCUGUUGUCGAACCUACUUUUCAUGGUGGCAAUUUCUUACUAUCACUACUUGAACUUUCUAGGAUAUGAUGUUCUUCCAUUUCUGGACAGAACAACAUUUUUCCUGUACCCAAUUGGGCUUGUCAUCAUCCUGUCUCCACUUAUGAUACUGAUUGGGUUCAAUCCAACAAGAUACUUUCUAAGCUUGUACUUCGGUUAAGGCUGACGACUAGGAUGCCAAGUACGAGAAAAAUAUGGUGACAGAACUAAUGGAAGAUUUGAUACAUACUUUAUGAAGUAGCCUGUUAGAUCUCUGGUUUGAACUGGAGGCGAACUAGGUUCAGAAAAGCUCGGAGCAUUCUUUGAAUGUAUCAAGUGCCUGCGGCAGGCCACCCUUAUAAGAGCCUUUUGAUUGGUAUCCGUUUUUGAUGUCAUCUUGUUCAUAAUGAGCUGUUUUCUUUUAUUUGGGCCCAGUGACCAAUCUAUAAUUUUAGUGUGAACUAUAGUCUAUUGUAUCU